AAGAAAGACACUAAGAGGAUCAGUUUAGGCACGACAGGACAGACAAAGACAUGGACGGGAUUCAUCCACUCCUCACUGUGAGCAAAACCUUCAGUUUGCUUCUUCUGAUUCUGCUUCAGACAUCCACUGAGGCUCAGAUGUGUUCUGCAAAUGCACUUGUGAACUUCCCAGAAAACAACGCUGUGAAUGCUGUCGUGGAGACAAUCAUUACCCAGCCCGGGGUAACUCUAGAGUUUAGUCCUCCUCCUGCAAACCCAGACAAUCCAUUCAUUCUCGACGGAAACAACCUGGUAGCUGCAACGGCGUUGGACUUUGAGAGUGCAAAUUUUUAUGAGGUCGAAAUCACGUGCACUGAAACAGCAACAGCAUCUAAGCUGCCCCUCAUCAUUAUUGUGCUUGUGACCAAUAAGAAUGACAACCCUCCAACCUUUGAUCCGACUUCCUACCAAGUCAAUCUCAAUGAGAUGGAUCCUGUGGGCACAAGUGUGGGCAGCUACCCUGCCAAAGACUUAGACCAACAUCCUCAACUGUUCUAUACCCUAACAUCUCCAUCUAACGAAUUUACACUAAGGUCACCUACUGUUCCAGACAUCCUUGUUAAUACACGACUUGACUAUGACAAAGUCAAAAAUGUGGAGCUGAUUUUGACUGCUAGCGAUGCAAAAUUAACACCAGAGGAUGAAUUGUUCACCGCAACAGCGACUAUCAUGGUCACCAUCUUAGAUGGGGACAACAGACCGCCGUGGUUUCAGCCUUGCACCCCGCUUGAAAUCGGUGGCAACGUGAUCUGCCAGAGUCCUGGAUACACCGGCAGGGUUGUCUUAAAUGAACAAGAGACUGGAGUGUUGCCGUUGGAACCAGGACCUCUAUAUGCCAUUGAUGGAGACUCUGGAAUAAAGGAGGCGAUAACAUAUUCAUUCCUAAGUGGAAAUGAAGAUGGUCUGUUUGAGAUCAACCCGAACACGGGGAACAUCACCAUGCUGAGGGCGACUGACGUGUUGGGGACAAUCAGUCUGUCAGUGCUGGCUGCUCAGGCAAUUAACAGUUAUCAGUUUGCCACCACCACCGUCACAAUCAGUGUCCAGGUGAAGAGCCUCCAUCCCCCAGUGUUUCAGGAGCCUCUGUACGAAGGCCUCGCCACUUCUACUGGCACCAUGGUGAUGGACCUGAUGAACAAAGACCAGCCGCUGCGGAUCCUCGCCACAGAUGAGGACUACGCUGCCACUGGGGGUCUAAAUCCUUACAUCACUUACUCCAUCAGCGGCAGCAGUGAUUUCUUACUUAUUAAUGGCUACUUAUUCAUGACCAAGGACCUUCCAGAGGACACAUUAACCUUGCAGGUGGUGGCAACAGACACAACUAAUGAUGAAUCAGCCACAAGUCAGCUUUCAGUGGAGGUGAAACCAGGUCUCACCACCACCAAAUUGCCUCUGAGCACAACAAACUUUAUGACCACAACACCCAAUGGAGAAUCCACCACUGACAGCAGGACCACCAAUACUGUAUCCACCACCGACCCAAGUAUGUCAACUGACAGCAGUAUCUCCACCACCAAAGCCAGCACAACCGGUGAGGGCAGCAUCUCCACCAUGGUGCCCACUGUGCCAACUGGAGGCAGUUCUUCAACCACUGAUCCCAAUGGAGAAAGGUCCACUACCAGCAGCCAACCAGUGACUAACCCAUCUAGUGGAAGUGAUGUAGUGGGCAUGGCAGUGCUCGGUGCGGUCUUGAGUGCACUGCUGCUUAUUUGCCUGGUGAUCAUUGGGGUGCUCGUCUGUCGCUUGCGGAAGGGCAAAGCAGACUGGAGGAAGAUCUACGAGGCCAGCAUGUUUAGAAGCUCUCUGGGUCAAGGCUCAGGUGGUCAUAAGGAGGGCAUCCAGUACACCAAUGAGGCCUUCCAGAAAGACGAGGAUGGCAGCAGCCUGGGCUCAGGUGGUCCUGAGAGGGAAAGUGUAAUAGCUAGUAAAGAGUCACCACAAACAUCAUGGAGCAUUCAACGCGAAGAGGCCAUCAUCAGGUCUUCUGCACCACUACAUGACCUGCUGCCUGAUAACUCCAGCGACACGUCAUCAGAGAAGUCCGAUACAGAGAAGGAUGUGAAACCCAUCCUGACCAAGGAGAGGCGUGUGGAGGAGGGAUACAAAUCGGUCUGGUUUAAAGAGGAUAUUGACCCAGCUGCCAAAGAGGAGGUGGUCAUCAUCCCAGACAGCAGAGAGGACGACAGCGAGGAAGAAGAUGAGGAACCAUCGCGCAGCAGCAGAGAAGACGAUGAAGACCACAACCCACCAACAAAAAAGAUCUUCUUCGCUGAUUCAGAUCUGGACAGUGGAAUCGGGGUUAAGACUGAAGAUCCACCAGAGGACUCAGACAGUGACGAAUCAAUGGAUAAUGCUCUGUGAGAGGACUCAAUGGAACCACCCAGAAUAAAAUUAAAUGAAGAUAAAUCUGCAGUCAGGCCUGAAACACUCAGCAUGUUAUCUUAUCAUUCUAUUACAGAGGAUCAGUCACACAGAACCAGGGCUGUACAGUCAUUUCUGAGCAUUCAUUAUUUAUCUUAGAAGCAUUAACUACAAGUGUGUAAGUAAAAGAUUAAUUUACUUAGAUUUUAGGUAAAUCAAACCUUUUGCAAGCUGUACCCUUCAUCUAAGUAUGUUGUGACUCAAAAUAUAGCAUAGACUGAUUACAGAGAUGAUAUUGUUUGUGUGUGAGGCAGUUGAAAUUUGCUGAAAUCAGUCUAGCAGAAAUUAAGCAAUAGGAAUUACUGUUGUCCGAGAGUUUUGAAAAACAGGCUAGAAAGAAAAUCAGCUCUCACAGUAUGUUUAACUUGCUCGACUGUCCCUGUUGUAGACCUUAUUAGACCUUGAAGUAGAGCUUGUAGUACAGCUGCCAGUAAACACAACUUGAGACUGAGAAGAAGAAGUCUGGGAAGGAAAAAUCCAAUUUAUUGGAGUUACUGGAAUAUUGGUUAAUUAUUAACUGUUUGUGCUGGUUUCUCAGCAUGAGUCAAUGACGCUGAAUAAAGCUAGAAAUAUACUGGUAUGUAAUGAAAGCCUCCCUGCUGAUAGUGAAGACUGUAAAACAUUAUGACAUACUGACAGGACGCUGAGCUUCCAUUAAGCAAAUCAAUGCUGUUGUCACAAAUGUUUAUCAGCAGUUGCAGAGAAGAAAUAACUGUAUAUAUGUACUGUAUGAUAAUAAAUCCUUAAACUGAGGAAUAA